UCUAUCUGUAAAGUGUCUCGAGAUAACUCGUGUUAUGAUUUGAUACUAUAAAUAAAAUUGAAUUGAAUUGAAUUCAUUGACGCUCCGGGGCUGUUUGACGUUAAUUUCACCCAAGAAGAAAUGUUGAAGAGGAUCAAGAUGUGCAUCUCUCUGUCUGUUCCUGGUCCUCACGCCUUCCUGGUGGUUCUCCAGCUGGGCAGGUUCACCCAGGAGGAGAAGCAAACCGUCCAGAUGAUUCAGACCACUUUUGGUGAAGAUGCAGCUAAAUACACGAUGGUGUUGUUCACACAUGGAGACCAGCUAAGGAAGCGAAGCAUUGAGGGAUAUAUUUCAGAGAGUCCUAAACUACAAGCCAUUAUUCAGAAGUGCAACCAUCGAUACCAUGUCCUUAACAACGAAAUCAAAGACCCUAAACAAACCAGUAAGCUUCUGGACAAAAUUGACAAGAUGUCUAUGGCCAACAGCGGAAGCUACUACACCAAUGAAAUGUUCAUUAGAGCAGAGGCAGCCAUAGAAAAGGAGGAAAUGCGACUCCUGACGGAGUUAGAAGCAAAGAGGCAGAAAGAGCUGGAUGAAUUGAGAGCCAAAUAUGUGGAAGAGGCCUACCGUAAGGAGGAGAACCGGCAACAGCCUGUGGUGCUGCUGUUGGAGGGCUGCUUGGAGCUGCAGGCGGUCCAAUCGGUAUAG